CCAUUCCUUCCCUGCUCACCAUACAGGAGCCAUACUCACUAAUAUACCAGGAACAUGGAGAUGCGAGUCCUGUGGCUUUUGCUCUUUGCCGGAUCCAUGGCACAAGAAGACAUGGAUAGAAAUGUCUUCCUCUUCCCCAGUAGAUCUGUUGCUGAUUAUGUGGUUCUGACACCAAUGGUGACUGGGCCAUUACUUAAACUCACCGUUUGCUUGAGGAGCUACAUAGAAGGCGGAAGAUAUGCCCUUCUUACUGUGGACCCCCGAGAGUCACGGAUCCGUAAUACGUUUGUUAUUUUACAGGACAUAUCCUAUUAUCCUCAACCACAGCUAUUUACUUCCAGCAUCUAUAUAAACAAUACACAGGUACCCAUUAGAGCAAAGGCAGAUCCUCUGGGCUGGAUACACAGGUGUGUGACCUGGGACUCUAACACUGGGGUUCUACAGCUUUGGGUUAAUGGGAAAGUCUCCCCUCGCACUGUAUUGAAGAAAGGUUUUUCUAUUGAUCUCCAGGAUGGUAUUUCCCUGGGUCAGAUUCGGAGAUAUUAUGGGUGGGAUCCUGAGACUUCUUUUAAAGGGGAAAUAACUGAUGUCCAUAUGUGGAAUGAGGUUUUGCCUCCUGAUAACAUAUGGCAGGUUCUGCUAAAUAAUAGGGAUUUCAAUGGGAAUGUCAUUAGCUGGAGGUCUCUGAACUACACUAUUAAUGGGGAUGUGACUGUCCAACCCAAACUCCAGUGUAGAUAUGGCAGUGAGUCUGGCAGCUCACACAGUCAGUGCUCUAUGGAGUAAUGGGAUUGAUAAAACCGGUAGAACAAUGGCUUUCUAGCUAAUGAUUGUUUCAAGGGGAACUGUGUCUUUUUAGACGUUGAUGAUGUUCAGGAAGAGGAAACCUCUGGUCCAUCUGGGUGGGUGGAGACUGUAUAAAUCCAGCUGUUAGCUAUUAGUGCUACAACCAUUUUUACAAUGUCUCCCAGCAUCUUCUUUUAUAAUAAAUAAAUAUAACUCUGAGCAACAUUUCAACUUUAUACAUUCAUUUAGCAAUUUUCGAUGACUUUUUAGGUUAACACUAUAUUGUAUCUGUACAAUGCCAUGAUAUAUGGUACCAAUAUACUCAUUUACCAAUAAAACAGCAUUAAAUGAAAGCUA